GCGCGUUGAAUAGGUUUCAACGUGUAAGAGUGUGUAAUGUGGUAAUUUGACAAUCGCCAGACAAGGCAUUGACCAGCAACUUCUGCCAAAAUGGGCACUGUUUUCGAAGAGCUGUCAGCAGACCAGACGGAAGCAGGCACUAGUGAGAUCGAGAGCCUGUGUAUGAACUGCCAGAAAAAUGGCACAACUCGACUUCUGCUCACCAAGAUACCGUUCUACAAGGAAGUCAUUCUCAUGUCCUUUGAGUGCCCAGAAUGUGGCUACAAAAACAAUGAAAUACAGUCUGGGCAGGAAAUCCAGGAUAAAGGAAUAACCAUCAAGCUGGAGCUGAAGUCUGCUGAGGACAUGAACAGGACCGUGGUCAAGUCUGAAUAUGCCAUCAUCUCAGUACCAGAACUGGAGCUGGAAAUACCAAAUACUGCCAAAAAAGCAGAGGUGACCACCGUGGAGGGCAUACUAAGUCGAACGGCGGACGACCUGGCGUCCGAUCAGCCCGUGCGGCGCGCCCUGGACGCGGACGCCGCUGACAAGAUUGACCAGUUCAUCGGGCGACUGAAGGACGUCAUUGAACUCCGCGCACCGGCCACGAUGGUGCUGGAUGACCCGUCUGGGAACAGUUACAUCGAGAACCGUCUGGCACCGGCCGCCGACCCCCAGUUGCACACCACUCACUACAGUCGCAGCCGGGAGCAGGACAAGGCGGUGGGCAUCACACCGAGCUACGAUAACUACGACUUUACCGACGGAUCACAGAAACAGGAUCCGGACCCGGACCGGGUGGAUCCGGACAAUGUCACCCCCGACAUGCUGAAGGGAGAGGUACUCACGUUCCCCACUAACUGUCCGUCGUGCACGGCGCCCUGCCAGACCAACAUGAAGGUCACAGAUAUUCCGCACUUCAAGCAGGUGGUGAUCAUGGCCACCAAUUGCGAGGCGUGCGGUGCUCGCACCAACGAGGUGAAGGCCGGCUGCGGGAUCGAGCCGCGAGGACGGAGGAUCACCCUGCGAAUCACAGAGCCCAUCGACAUGUCGCGCGACCUGCUCAAGUCUGAGACGUGUGCGGUGGAGAUUCCCGAACUGAAGAUCGAAGCCGGAGCGUUCACCCUCAGUGGCCGCUUCACCACCGUGGAAGGACUGCUUGAGAGCAUUAAGGAGGACCUUCAGAAGAACCCCAUGUUCACGGGCGACAGUAGGCCGGAGGAGGAAACCAAAAAGAUGGAGGCGCUCUGCGCUCAGAUUGAUGAAAUCAUUGCCAUCAAGCGGCCAGCGACAAUAAUCUUGGACGACCCGGCGGGCAACAGCCACCUUCAGAGCGUCACAGCGCCGGAGCCGGACCCCAACCUCACCAUUGAGGAGUACGAGCGCACCUUUGAACAGAACGAGGAGCUGGGUCUCAACGACAUGAAGGUGGAAAACUACUCGUGAUGGUGACGACCGCCUCUCAAGACAGAGAGCGGAGAGGUGGGGGUGUAUGGGAACGGGAAGGGAGGGAGAGGGGGAGGGGAGUGACAUAACCUGUGAUGUGGCCUCCGCCACCACUAGCAAUGUCUCGUCACUACUGACACAUUGGGAAUAAACAACUGGGUCGUUUC